AGAGACGCACUUAAACUUUACAUGGAGACUUACUUUAAUGAUCAAAGCACGGAAUGUUCCGCCUCUUCAAACUGCAACGACGGACAAAGGGUUGACCGAUAUGGAUUUGAGAGGACAGAGGAUUUCAACUAUGAAUCCUAUGAGAAGCUGAUGUCCGAGUAUGUAGGAGUGCUCACUAGAAGGUCGAAAAAGUGGUCUAAACUUGUGCAGGGCACUGUCAAAGUGGAGAAGAAUUUAAGAGUGAAACGAUAUGUGAGGAAGGGGGUGCCAUGUGAACAUCGCACUCAGAUCUGGAUGGCAGCUAGUGGAGCUCAGGACCAGCUGAAUAGGAAUCCUGGCUACUAUCAUUCUCUAUUAAAGGCUCAGCAUGACCCUGAGAUAGAAGAGGUUAUACGUGCUGAUAUGCACAGAACCUUCCCUGACAACAUUCAGUUCCGUGACUCCUCCCAGCCAUGUUUACAAAAAGCCCUGUUUAAUGUACUUCUGGCAUAUGCACACCACAAUAAGGAUGUUGGUUACUGUCAGGGAAUGAACUUCAUAGCUGGAUACCUCCUCAUCAUCACUAAAGAUGAGGAGAAAUCUUUCUGGUUAAUGGAUGCUUUACUUGGCAGGAUCUUACCAGACUAUUACACGACAACUAUGAUGGGGCUUAAGACAGAACAAGAGGUGCUUGGGGAGCUUGUCAGGAUGAAGGUUCCUGCUGUAUGGCAGGCUAUGAAUCGGCACAAUGUAAUGUGGACCCUGGUGGUCUCACGCUGGUUCAUCUGCCUUUACAUUGACAUCCUUCCUGUAGAGACAGUGCUGAGAAUAUGGGACUGCCUGUUCUAUGAGGGCUCCAAGAUCCUGUUCCGUGUGGCUUUGACGUUGAUCUGUCACCACCAGGACCUCAUCUCGCAGGCACAGAGUCUCCCGGAAAUCUGUGAACGUUUCAAACAGAUGACCCAUGGGGAGUAUGUUGAGGACUGCCACACCUUCAUGCAGAAAAUCUUUAUGGAACCAGGAAGUCUCUCUAUGGCUACAAUCAAUGAACUCCGGGAGAUCUGUAGGAAUCGCAUUGUUACUGGUUAAAAAAAUAAAAACUUUGAUUCACAAUAAAAGAUAAACAUGGAUGUACAGUUUGAGACAGAUGUAAUAAAUCUACAUCAGAGUUGAAAAUCUAUUAUUUACAGUGUGGGAUAAGGUUAAACUGAAUAUCAGGAUUUCUGUAAUUGUUUAGAAAAAGUUGAAAAUUAGUUGUAGAUUAAACAGCUUUUUAUUGACAUGCUCUCUGGAAUGCGUUCCUGAAAACAAUGCCAUUUCUCUACCUUAAUGCC